AUGCAGAAGAACAGCAAUGAUGGAGCAUCGCAGGAUGCAGAUGCUUUCGUCGAGGCAGUAUCGGCUGCUAUGCCGCCGAGUAUGAAGAAACACAAGGAGGUCACUGCGGAUGAGCUUCUUACUGAGCUCAAUCGGAUUCCACUAUUCAUGACAACUCUGGAUGAAACCGACGGUGAGGGAGGCGACAAUGCGCUACUGGACGCCAUCAAGGCUUUGGCAUACGAAGGGACCAGAGCCGAAGUGGCCACGAACUUCAGAGAACAAGGCAAUGAGGCUGCACGCACCAAACAGUGGAAGGAUGCUCGAGAAUUCUACACCAAAGGCAUCCAGGCUGUACGCGGCCAGGUGCAAGUGGAGGAUGGCCCAGACAUGAAGGUCACGGAAAUUGAGGACGAAGAGGCCGAGGCCGAGAAAGAGCGUUCCAUCGAGGAAGCCUGCCUAGCGAACCGGGCGCUCUGUAACCUCGAGAUGAGUAUCGCGGCUCCGCGCAUGAUUGUUCACCUUCGCUUGACUGAUGGUUUGGUGCAGAAAACUACGGCUCGUGCAACAGAGAUUGCGCUGCAGCGCUCCGGUUGA